AUUUUCUCCUCUAAAGAAAAACCACUCUCAGUGUGAUCAUUCGCACUGUUAGUUCCCACUCUCAGUUCCACUUGAGUGAAGCCAUGGCUGCUCUUUUACUCUCACCCUUUUCUCUCCUCCUUCUCGCCAGGGUUUCAGCUUCCAUUGUUGCCCUUCUUGUUCUCACUUGGGCGGUUCACUUCCAGACUAGCUUCAUUCCACAUUCUCCUUCCCAAGAUGACCUCAUCUAUGCUGUGCUUCACCCAUUGUUAAUGGUGAUAGGUUUCAUUCUUGUGAGUGGAGAAGCAAUCUUGGUGCAUAGAUGGUUGCCAGGGUCAAGAAAUUUGAAGAAAUCAGUGCAUUUGGGCCUGCAAGGAGUGGCUUUGGGGUGUGGGGUGUUUGGAAUCUGGACAAAGUUUCAUAGCAGAGAGGGUAUUGUGGCUAAUUUCUACAGCUUGCAUUCUUGGAUGGGUUUGGUUUGUAUUUCCUUGUUUGGGGCUCAGUGGAUGGUUGGUUUCCUAAGCUUUUGGCACCGAGGAGAGUUGCGAACGACGAGGAUACAAGUCCUCCCAUGGCAUGUAUUUCUCGGCCUCUACACAUACGGGUUGGCAGUGGUGACAGCCGAGACUGGCCUUCUCGAGAAGUUGACCUUCCUGCAGACGAACGGGGCGUUACUGAAGCGUUGUACAGAAUCCAUGGUUGUAAACGGUUUAGGACUCGGAUUGGCUCUGCUUGGUGGCAUUGUAAUAUUUGCUGCAAUAUCACCAAAACAUCAGAUUUCACAUUCAAAGAUUGUAUAUUCAAAUAAGAAGUGGUCAUCAUCUUAGUUGAAGCUAGACAGAUGCCUUUGUUAACCCUUUCUUUGUACAGGUUCCUUCUUGCUAGUGCAGUCAUAAGAGAAAAUGGUCAAAUAGGCUCUUGAACUUUUGGUGAAAAAGUAAUUAGAUCCUAAACUUUAAAAGUUA